AUGUCAGGACCGUCUACAGUCAUGCCGCUUGAGCAAGCACCAGCGCCCUCAAACGUUGGCCAUGGCAUUAAGAGGGCCACCGUGAAUGUCGAUGAGCCUCCGACAAAGAGAGUUCGAGCUUUGAUGGACGAUAUCGAUGCCGAGCGUGCUGCUGAGCGAGCCGCGUGGGAUAAAGAGAAGGCGGGUCUGGAGAAGAAGCUCGAGAUGUCCGAAGAGACUACCGAAGUCUACAAGAGGGAGAACAGUAAACUAAAGUCGCGAAUUAAGGUGCUAGAGGGUGCCGAGAAGGAUAAUAUCGAAUGGCAGCGCAUCGCACACGGAUACGAGGCGGAGAAGAAGAUUGCUCAGGACAAGUUGCAAGGCUUGGAGGCAGAUAAACAACUUGCUGAAAGCAAAGUUCAAGAACUGGAGUCGGCAAAGAGCAGCUUGGAGAUUGAGUUAAGGAAAACUAAGAGGAUGUGGGCAUCCGAUUAUGAGUGGAGGAUGCACUGGCAUAACGAAUGGCGAAGACAGAGAGACAAGAAAGAAGAGUUGGAGCAGGUGCUUCAGGAAGAAAAUGAGGAAAUUGCUGAGCUCAAGGCGCCGGCCGAGGCAUACCGCAAGAUUGUAGAGAUCGUCAAUCGAGACCGGAACAAGGCGGAAACACUCCAACCAUGA